CGGAGUAUAUUCUAAAUAAGUCUUCAUGGUCCUUAAAUGCCACCCAAAAGAUCUGUCUUUGAACCCCAAUCCAAUUUUCACACAACAGAGCUGCGCGUCUGGCGUACCUAUAACUAUCUGAAUAAGAUCAUACCAUCUAUAUUAACUGUCAAUGUUGAAAAGUUAGCAGAUAUGCAGACAAAAAGAUGGUCCAGAAGCUUUAGCACGGGAGGAAGAAGUAUCCAGUUGGGCCGCCAUUAUGAUCCGGAGUUUGAGCAUGGUUCCGACGAGCAUCAGGCUGCGGAACCUGCCAAGAAAUGGUCUGUUUGGAAAGCCAUUUGGAGGAAAUUCCUGAAAGAGAAGAAGAGGAGGAAGAGCAGAUUCGAGUUGUCGAGAUCUGUGCAUGUUCCCAGAUACGAUGAAUACAGCUAUUCGCAGAAUUUCGAUAAGGGCUCUGACUGGGACGAACCUGAUCAACUCUUGAGAUCUUUCUCUCUUCGUUUUGCUCAUCCACGAUCAAGGAAGACGAUGGUAUUGAAGACGAACCUGAUCAACUCCCAAUCCCGCGCCGUUUAAUUACAGAAAUAUUGAUUGCACGGCUCCUUGCCCUAUGACAUACAUUUUGUACCAUAUAAUUUGCGGUCGGGCACAGUCAUGUUUAUGUAUAUACGGAUAAUUAUGUGAUUUUAUC